AGGAAACAGGUUGCAUCAAGGCAGCUGCUCUCACUUCCUUCUGUGGGGAGAUACUCACAUUGCCUGAAAAAGAACAAACCCAGUGUGCACUCUGUCCCAGCAAAGAUGGGCAACUGGGUGGUGAACGAGGGACUCUCCAUCCUUGUUAUUCUUGUGUGGCUGGGGUUAAAUGCCUUCCUCUUUUGGUGGUACUACGGAGUAUAUGAUGUUCCAGUCAAAUACCACUAUAGCAGAGUGCUUCUUGGGUCUGCUUUGGCUUGGGCACGAGCACCUGCAGCCUGUUUGAAUUUCAACUGCUUGCUGAUUCUGCUGCCAGUCUGUCGAAACCUGCUCUCCUUCCUCAGAGGAUCCAGUGCGUGCUGCUCAACCCGUAUCAGGAGACAGUUAGACAGGAACCUCACGUUUCACAAAAUGGUGGCUUGGAUGAUUGCCCUUCAUACUGCCAUACACACCAUUGCACACUUAUUUAACGUAGAGAGGUGUGUGGAUGCACGUGUUGAAGCGAAAGGAACUAUUCAAGCUGCUCUCUCUGAUCUUGGUGACAAGCCAGAAGAAACCUAUCUGAAUUUUGUCCGAAAAAAAAUUCCGAACCCCGAAGGUGGCCUAUAUGUAGCUUUCACGUACUUGGCAGGUCUCAGUGGUGUCAUCAUUACAUUGGCCCUUAUAUUAAUCAUCACAUCAUCCACUAAAACCAUUCGAAGGUCCUAUUUUGAAGUAUUUUGGUACACCCACCAUCUCUUUGUCAUCUUCUUUAUUGGACUUGUCAUUCAUGGAGCUGGCCGUAUUGUACGCGGACAGACAGCUGAGAGCUUGAAAAAGCAUGAUCCAAAAAUAUGUGAAAAGAACUUCACUCAGUGGGGAAAAAUACCAUCAUGUCCUAUCCCCCAGUUUGCUGGAAAUCCUCCUAUGACAUGGAAGUGGGUAGUGGUUCCUAUGAUUUUGUACUUCUUUGAGAGGUUGGUGCGAUUUUGGCGAUCACAGCAGAAGGUGGUAAUCACAAAGGUGGUCAAUCAUCCCUUCAAAACAUUUGAGCUCCAGAUGAUGAAAAAGGGCUUCAAGAUGGAAGUUGGGCAGUACAUUUUUGUCCAAUGUCCCACAGUGUCUCAUCUGGAGUGGCACCCUUUUACACUGACUUCUGCCCCUGAAGAGGAUUACUUCAGCAUUCACAUCCGUAUUGUAGGAGACUGGACAGAGGGCUUGUCCAGUGCCUGUGGAUGUGACAAAAAAGAAUUUCAAGAAGCAUGGAAAUUGCCAAAGAUACUUGUGGAUGGCCCCUUUGGCACAGCUAGUGAAGAUGUAUUCAGUUAUGAAACUGUGAUGCUUGUUGGAGCUGGAAUAGGGGUCACUCCAUUUGCAUCUGUACUCAAGUCUGUCUGGUACAAAUACUGCAAUGAUGCAACCAAUCUAAGACUCAAAAAGAUCUAUUUUUACUGGCUCUGCAGAGACACUCAUGCCUUUGAAUGGUUUGCUGACCUCUUGCAGUCUCUGGAGAAUCAAAUGCAGGAGAGGGACAAUGCAGGAUUUCUCAGUUACAACAUCUACCUAACAGGCUGGGAUGAAUCUCAGGCCACUCAUUUUACAGUACACCAUGAUGAAGAGAAAGAUGUGAUUACGGGUCUGAAACAGAAAACCUUUUAUGGCAGACCCAACUGGGAAAAUGAGUUCAAAACCAUUGCAAGUCAGCACCCAAGUUCCAGAGUAGGCGUCUUCCUCUGUGGUCCAGAAGCCCUGGCUGAAACACUCAAUAAGCAGUGUAUCAACAACUCAGAUGCUGAUCCACGAGGAGUACACUUCAUUUUUAACAAGGAAAACUUUUAACUCACUAAAAGAACAGGAGGACUUGUGGCACCUUAGAGACUAACAAAUGUAUUUGAGCAUAA